AUGGCGCAGCAAAGUGGGAACGAUCUGAAACCUCAAUUGGAGAAGCUGCUCCAGGCGUUCGACGACGAGGACGACCGGGAUCUGCUUCACAGGACGGAACUCGACCACAUCUUCCGCAUCCUCAGGGCGAACAAGGACAAGAUCACCUCGCGGCCACCGGACGUGGAGAAGAAGGAGGAGCUGCCCGAGCUACUGCGCAAGAUCGACGAAGCGCUGCAGCAAUGCAAGGCACGGUCCAAGCAGCCGCAGCAGUCUGACAACGCCAAGAGCAAGAAGAUGACGCUGCCGUCGGUGAGCGACUGCAACCCUUUCAAGUCCCGAUCGCCGGACUUCUCCGUCGAGCCAUUGCUGCAGCAGACCAUCACCAUCCUCGGUGACGCUCCUUCUACCUCUGCUCCUGCUGCUGAUCAUGAUGCAGCUGGUGAAGACACGGUGCUCUACGAGUGGACGACGAGCUACGUGGACGAGGACCGCAUAUACGGCUGGGCCGACGAGGCGGACAAGGUGGUCGACGCCCUCGUCGGCCUCCAAGAGGAGGGCAAAGAGGAUCAAUUGCUGUUCAGGGCGGCGGGCAUCACGGGGAUCCACGGCAGCGGCAAGACGGCGCUGGCGCAGAAGGUAUUCGUCCACGACAGGAUCAAGGACGCCUUCCCUCUCAGGCUCUGGGUCUGCGUCGGCCCGCCGGACCACGAGGACAGGUUCAACCUCCUCUAUCGGAUGCUUGACAACCUCGGCCUCGACACCGCCAAGGUCGAGGCCAUCGUCGACAAUGCCGACGUCGUCAAGGCAGCUGCUGAAGACAAGGACAAAUCCAAGAUCGGUGUGCUGCUCUUCAUCCUGUACGUGACGCUGUACAAGACGGGGUACCUCAUCGUGUUCGACGACAUCAGGGCGUACGAUGGCAGCAACGGCUGGUACAGCAACCUGACGCUACAGCCACCUAAGAAGGGCGAGUGGUACGAGCGGCUCGCCUACGGCCUGCCCAAGGCGAGGAAGAGCGCGGUGCUCGUCACCUGUCGCAGUGAGGACGAUGCCAGGACCAUGGUGCGCACCGGCCGCGUGUUCCGCCCACCAGGCCUCGGCGUCGCCGAGGGAUGGAAGCUUUUCGAGCGGGAGUACAAAGAGGCCAAGAAAAAGAGCAAGAAGGAGAAGGAAGAGAAAGAGAAAGACAAGGACGGGAAGGAGGAGAAGAAAGAGGAAGACGAGAUUUACAAGGAGCUGGAACAGAUGAAGGAGCAGAUCGUCGGCAAGUGCCUAGGCCUGCCGGUGGCCAUCGUCCAGGCGGCCAAGGGCUUCGCCUUGAUGGAGCACAAACCCAACGAUCCACCGAAGGCGGAGGAUAAAGCUCUCCCGGAUGAGACUGUGCCUAGCAAGACCGAGCCUGCAACUCAGGCUACGGAGGCUAAUCAGCCUGUUAAUUAA